AAUUUAAAAAGAUUCAUCAUGCCGCAAGUUUUUUUUGCGGGAUGCUGGACAACCUAGCACACCAAGGAGCAUUUGUAAAUAUGUGAACUAAUUACGUUACAAUGUGGAAGGAUCAUCCCUGGAUGAAGUAAAGUGGAUGAGUUCUCACGCUUAUCGCAAAGGCCUAGUCAACCGUGUUUAGCGUGGGGAAUGUAGCACCAUUGAUAUCCUCUCAUGUAACGCAAAGGAGAUUUUACGAAUAUGAAUUCAAUUUGCCAAGAAGUUUCCAUGCUGGAAGUGAAUCAUGCAUCUAUAGUAAAAUUACAUUUUUAGUAAAGUCAAAUUUUCAUUUGAAGAUUUAAAAAUAUGUUUUUUCAAGAAGUAAAAAUUAACAGCGGAGAUAUGCAAGUUAUAUUGCUCAAUCCUGCUCUGUUUAGACUGGGACCAGAUAUAAUUUAAUUUACUUUGUACAUUUUGCAAAAAUACACUUGAAGUUUCCCAAACGAAUGUGAGAAAAUGUGUUCAGGUCCAAUGACACCAAAUAGUUUUUGGCCAUAAUUUAGAAAAACAAGUAUGUUUGGGAACAAACAACAAUGCGCAGCACCCAAAAAAACCCCACCCCACUUAAAGUGAAGCACAAAGGUUGCAUCAUGAUUUAGGGUUGUUUUUCUUCACUCCUGUAAUAGAGCGACAAUGUGACCGCGAGGGGGCAGUGUGUACCAAAGUUAGCUUGAUACGGCGUGAACGAAGAAGAAAGAAGGACGCCGGUUUUGAGUUCUAGUAAGGUUCGAAAGAAUUGAUAUGGUUGUUAUGAAAAACAAGAAAGUUUUCGAGCUUAUGUGGCAUAAUGUUAAGAAGCAGGCACGUGGCUCCACAUUUCAUGUUUGAUGUUGACUCCGGCGAUGGAAGCGCCAACACAAGCAGGCCGUGAGCCGUCUGAGAUUAAAACUCCGGGUAGCACCGAAUAUGAAUCCGAUUGCUUUGAAUCAUCCAACAAAUCAAAACAACUGGAGGUUUUCCUUCAUAGCUCUUUCGUGUACAAUCUGAAUUGGAGAGUCACCAUGAAGACUAGACACUCUUCCAGGUUAAAAACAACAGCAAAUAGGAAGCAAGAAAAAAAUCCCAACCUAAGUGAAGAUGUCAUCCAACGCCGGGUUCGGCCAAAGAGGAGGAGGAGAAGGAUGGGAUUUGAUGUCGGCGACAUUAAUAAUGAGAACGAGAGCAAGGAUGUCAUCAAAAGUCAUGUGGAGGAGGAGCCUGAAGAGGGUAGGAGCGUACAAGUGGUUGAUCGAGGAUUAGAUGAUUCAGAUGAUCAGUGUUGCUUCAGCACUCCUCCUCCCCCACUGAUGGUCAAGGCUCCCAACAAAAAGAGAAGACCACCGAGUGGCCUCUGCCCCUCCUGUCGAAAACUUUAUCAGAGGGCAAAGAGGUUGAAAACUCCCAUCAAAGAUAAACUUUUGGAUAAUGAUCCCACCUCCUUAACGUGCGACCACUGGGUCCUGCUGAAAAAGUGGAAGCCAAGUCGGCUACCUCAUUCAGGGAAACUUUCCCGCAGUGUCCUCCUUGUUCACAAACGUUUGAAGGGGAAGAAAAAAGCAAAGGAUGAUGAGCAUCAAAACUUGUGCUCAAGGCUGCAUGUUUUCCUUCGGAGGAACCUCAGGCGGCCUCCCAAAGUGCUGGCAAAAAAGGAAAGGAAUAGCGGCCAAAGGAAGAGGGCAAGAGACGACUCUCAGGAUCCUCAAAUUGUCAAGCAAAAGCAUCUCCGCGGCAACAGCCUCCUGCAGGACGACAGCGGCUACUGUCACGAGAGGAACAGCUCUGACUGGACUCGUGCCGGUCUUGAUGUUGACGGAUGUUCCGGGGUAGAAAGCAGCAAUGAAAACAACUCAAACGUGACCGCCAACAUUCCCUGUACGUUCACCUCGGAGACCACAGAGGCGGGGGCCGCCCUCCCACCUAAGCCAAAAGCGCCGAGGAACAAGAUGGCAUUCCAAGACUUGCUCGCCCAGUUACGUGGCAACAGCAGCAUGAUUUUCAAAGAGACCCAGUAGACACUUUCGGCUCGGCGCGUUGUUCAAGUUGGCUGAAGGAAGUUUCGCAAAUUGUUUAGCCACCGCUAAUGAAUUACUCGGUUUAUUCUCUUAGCAGUGCCGUCAAAAGCGUAGUUGGCGAGAUUUCAGAAUAAAUGUCUUUCUAAGUUAGAAUUCUACUCGAAA